UUAGACACAGACGUUCAGUUGUUACAACACCGCGAGUUCGAAUAGAUCACCAUGAGUUUAGUGGGCAAAGUUGUAAUUGUAACCGGAGCAAGUUCCGGCAUCGGUGCCGCCACAGCUGAGGCCUUUGCCAAGCAGAGUUCCAAAGUGGUGCUCACAGGACGAAAUGAAGCAAAUUUAAAAGCUACCGAGGCUGCCUGUAAAGCUUUCAACAGUAAAGUGGAACUAUUACUCAUCGUCGCCGAUGUAACGACGGACGCCGAGAAGAUAAUCAAAACAACAAUUGACAAAUUCGGACAAUUGGAUGUGUUGGUGAAUAAUGCCGGUUAUGGUGAAGGAGGUUCAAUUUUGGAUAUUAACGUCGAUCAAUUUGAUCGUGUGAUGAAUACCAAUGUGCGUUCGGUCUUCCUGCUCACCAAAUACGCCGCACCACAUCUCGUGAAGACACAAGGUAAUAUCGUGAAUGUUUCCAGCGUCGCAGGAUUGCGUUCAUUUCCUGGUGUUUCGGUUUAUUGCACGUCCAAGGCAGCGCUUGAUCAAUUUACCAGAUGUAUCGCAUUGGAUUUGGCGCCGAAAAAUGUGCGUGUGAAUGCCGUAAAUCCUGGAUUGAUUGUGACAAAAUUCUAUCAAGGUUUUGGCGUAUCGGAAGCAGAUUAUGCUAAAUAUGUGGAGCAUUCGAAAACUACACAUCCAUUGGGUCGCGUCGGCCAACCGAAGGAAGUGGCUGAUGCCAUUGUAUUCCUAGCCAGUGAUAGUUCGAGCUUUAUGACGGGCGCAACUUUGCCGAUCGAUGGUGGCAAGCAAGCCACGUGCCCGCGUUAAUAUUUCUUACAAGUGAAAUUUAGUAUCAUUUAACAUACUCAUAAUAUAGAUGGAUACUAGAGGACCCGUCCACGCUUCAAUGGCUGACACAUAGAUAAUACUACUACUCUACCACUACCAUAUUUAUGAUUUCUAUUAAUUGGAUUAUAACUUUAAGUUAAUGAAAUAUAGCAUUUUUAUGAAGCAACUUGUGUUAGUUUACGAAGAAAUGGAUUCAAACAUUUCGUGUGAUAAUAAAGCAUUGCUUUUUGGGAUAAAAUACUGUUGAAUUUGGGCUCUGCACCAGGGAAAUCAACCGUUGAAAAGAGAUUUGUUAAAUUGGAAAGAGGCGAAAUGAGCACCGAAGACAAUCAGCAAUUCGUUGUUUAUUAUUUUAGAAUAAACGAGACACUCACUUUGCACA